AUGAGUACCAGGCACGGUUAUCUCCGCUUGAUAGCAACCAAAAUGGCUACCGAGGAGAGAGAGGAUACAGGGCGGGACCUGGAGAAUGAAGAAUUUGAAGAUGCUGUGGAUAGCCUGUCACUAUCAGGAAACUUGUCAAACAAAGAACGGGUUCAUCUGGAUAUAUGCAUCAGAGAAGCCGAUCAAGCGCUCAGCCUGUUCUUUAACAAUAAGUUCACACAGGCUAAGGACAGAAUGCAACCUUGGGCAGACGUCAGCAUGUACCAUGCCUUGGGAUACGGGACCAUUUUGUACAUCCAAGCGGUUAUGACCUUUGACAUGGCAGACAUAGAAGUUGCCAUUGAGGCCAUUAAAAAGUCUGUGAAUCUCUGCAGUAAAAUCCGCAAGAAAACCUCAGUUAUUGGCUCCCUCACAAAGUUCAACUCCAAAGUCAAUUAUGAUGACUACACAGAAGAAGAAAUUCAUGCAGAACUAGUCUAUGCAGAGUGUCUGUUGAUACGGGCUUUCCUCACAUUUAUACAGGAUGAGAAUUUGAUUAGUUUUGUCAAAGGCGGUUUGAAAAUCAGAGAAUGUUACAAGACAUACAAGGAAUGCCACAAAAUUCUUCAACACAGAAAUGGACACACAGAUAAACACAAAGUUCAUUUUGAAAGUGGCGUUUGCAUGGGCGUUGGAGCUUUUAAUUUGAUGAUAUCCCUGCUGCCCAGCAAGGUCAUGAAGCUGCUGGAAUUUGUUGGCUUUUCUGGAAACAAGAAACUGGGACUAACAGAAAUGCAGAGAGCAUGCGAGUUGCAUGGGGGCUUAAGGAGCAAGCUGUGUAUAUUAAUUUUUGUGGCCUACCACUCUCUUGUGACGUAUGUUUUGGGAUUAGGAGAUGGGGAUAUAGAGUUAGCUACCAAGCUACUGGAGCCUUGCUUAAGAGAUCAUCCAAAGGGGGCGCUGUUUCUGUUUUUCGCUGGCAGACUGGAAGAGGUCAAGGGUCACAUUGAUGAAGCUAUAGGAAAGUUUGAAGAGAGCAUAGACUCGCAGAGUGAGUGGAGGCAGUUCCACCAUUUAUGCUACUGGGAACUGAUGUGGUGUCACUGCUUCAAAAGUGACUGGCUUAUGGCUAUGAAAUAUGCAGAGAGGCUGUGCAAGGAGAGCCGAUGGAGCAAGGCCACGUACACGUAUCAGAAAGCAGCUUUUCUGUCCAUGUGCUCGGACCAGAGUGAGGACACACGGAAACACAUUGAUUACCUGCUCAGUGAAGUCCCAAGGCUGAAGCAGAGAAUAGCGGGAAAAUCGUUGCCGUUCGAAAAGUUUGCCGUGGCCAAAUCACAGCGCUACUUCCAGCAGGGGAACUAUCUGAUCCUUCCGGCACUUGAACUGAUCUACGUGUGGAAUGGAUACAAUAUACUAAGCAAGAACAUAAAUCUACUAGAGAGGAUGUUGGUGGUGGUGGAAAGAACAAUAACAGAAAUGACCAGCAAGAAAGAUCCUGCCAGCGAGGACAAGUUUUACUACGACAACUACACCCUGGUGUUGCUGCUAAAAGGCGUCUACCUGCGGCAUAGAGGGCAGCUGUUCCAGGCUGAGCAGUGUUUCCUUGAAGUCGCAGAAAAUGAGAAGAAGCUACAGAGUGACCACUACCUGAUCCCCUACAGCAUCGUGGAGCUGGCCAUUCUCUACCUGCAGCAGGAGAGGUUCUCUGAUGUGAAGAAGCAGCUGGACAAGGCCAAAAGAAAUUACAAAGGGUAUUACCUGGAGAACCGGCUACAUUUCCGCAUCCACGCCAUCCGUCUCCAGCUGAGCGCCAUUCUGAACAUCAGCGCUGACUCGGCUCCCUCCUCCCCAGCUCAUGAAGACGCCGGCAACCAUUUGCCAUCUGCGGCGACACCUUCCUUUGAUUUUGUUGACGAUUGA